GAGAAUUGAAAUCUUAUCGCUAGAUGGCUCAGUCCUUCUAUCAAACACAGCUGAGAAAAAGGGGAUGUUAUGAUUACUCUGUAUGGUGCGGUUGUUUUCGUUGGUAGGUGUUAAAGUUUCUUCUCUGGUGUAGCGAUCCAGGAAAGAAACCAAAAAUGAGUGAAUCUGCGAAUGUGAUAGCCUGGGAAGAAGGCGAACCAGCUGCAGCACUUUUGGCACCGGAACAAGCCAUGACGGCCGUUGUUUCGUCAAGGCUCGGACAAGUGUUCUUUCUGACUGAAGACGGCAGAGUGUACCUGUCGACUCUCAAACAAGAUGGAUUGAGUGGGAAAUUGCAAGAGUUGGCACUUCCUUGCCAGACUGUGGUUGGUAUUGCAUGCAAUUCGAUACACACCAUUUUUGUGACUGAUCGGGGUAGAGUUUUGAGGUCUGAAUUAGAAACCCCUGAAAAAGUAGAGGAGCUGGCCAUCAAGCAACCAAAUCUCUGCUGCCCUCAUGGUGUUGUAGAAGACGGAGGAAGACUCUUUGUAAGAGAAGUUUCUUCCCACUCAAAAAACUUGUUGUUCAUCUCAGAUUCGGGCAAAGUAUGGGCAGUGGAUGAAAGCAAGUCGUUGUUGCCAGAUAAAUUGCCAGCCUUCGAGAACAAAGUACCCAUAAGUAUUAUGUGUGGUAGCAACUUUAGCACCGCUCUCAUCCAAGACUGUGAAAAUUCUAACGAUGAUAGUAUCAGCAAGCCUGGUGUAGCAAAUUCUAGCAAAAGCAGCAGGGAUUCCUUGGACAAAGCAAACUCAUCAAAGGAAGGUCCUUUGGAUGGAUUGUGCAUGGUUGGUUCCUGUCUAGAGUGUAGAGAGCAAAGUCUUUUGUCUCUGCACACGCUGGAUCUCAACGACUCUCAACGAAUGAACCAGGAAGAUUUCAAAGACAAUGUCAACUCUCUAGCUCAAGUUUGCUGGUCCAAGGCAGAUCAUCUAGUCCGUCAAAGCGCUUUGUUGCUCAACUCGACGCCCCAACUCGACGCGGCCAAACAGUUUUUAACGAAGCAGCUAUCGUGGGUCACCGGGUCCGAAUCGGAUGACUGUAACAAUAGUCCAGGAGCGGCGUCAUCGUUAGAAAGUGGCAAUAACGUGACUCAACAGGUGGCCAGCCGAGUUGUGGAAGGAGUCCGAAACUUGGGCGAUGCCGUCAACCGCAUGUCUCGGCAUUGGAGCGGAACCAGCCAAGAGGAAACUCCAUCCGUUCCAGCUGCAUCAGCUCCUGUCGAAGUUGCCGGCAGUGAAACGCUUAGUCUACCAGCCGCUUUGCCCAGUAGUAGCAGCGGUGAGGAUUCACCCGCAGCACCGGCAACACCUCGAUUUAUCGUCCGACAGUCGCUUCAGAGUCAUCAUCGGUGGAAACGCAAUGGAUCGUCAAGUUUAUCCCUCGAUUCGACGCUUGUCCGGAUGACAGAUCGAGAAAAAUCUACCGGACUUCAACCGGAUCGUCUCGUUUCGUUGGGAAGGCAACUACUUUUUACGUCUGUCUGGACGUGGGGUCAAGGAGGAGUCGGCCAGCUCGGACUAUCAGAUUGCGUCUCACGCGAAGUCCCCCAAACUGUCCGUCCUCUACUUGGCAUAGGCAUCUGUAAAGUGGUGUGCGGUUCACGGCAUUCAUUGGCCCUCACGUUGGAUGGGCGUGUACUGGCGUGGGGAGCUAAUAACAAAGGACAAGUCGAGCCCGGUGAAGACCUAUCUUUCAUGUCAGUCCCGACAGAAGUAUCCUUACCUUUCCGUACUACCAUCCGAGAUAUUGCGGCCGGAAGAGAACAUUCGUUAUUGCUGACGAGUCACGGCGAAGUGCUUUUUAUGGGAUUCUCAAUGGCCACUCAAAAGUCCACAUUGAUGAGAUUAAAUCUACCGGCCCAAAGCCCGACUGGUAGACCGAGUCGAGUAUGGGCUACCGGACCACUUAGUUGUUGUUUGCGCUGCAAUCAGAGCUGCCCCUGCUGGCCCCAUUGGUCCGAGUUUGUUUUAUCAGAACAGCUAUUUUUAAGAAAUUGCCUGAAAGUCGUCCGUGGCAUUUUUGAUCAUUUGGAAUCCGCAACAACAUCAACAUCAACUACCUCAACCGUCCGUCGAGAGUUGUUCGAUCGAUACCGAGACUUGAUGGCUUGCACGGCCGUCAAUGUUCACUCGCUGAUCGAAUCGGACAAUUGUGCCAACCUCAGUAUUGGUCUCGUUCGUUGGAUUAAUGAAUUCAUGCACGUUUGGCGUGGUUACGGUCAGGCCCUCUGUAACGCCACUGUCGUCCAUGCGCUCACACUCAACAAGACCGAAAAUGCACUUUUAGAUCCAGAAUAUAUCCAACAGGGAAGCGUCGGUCGAGCCGGCAGUGAUAUCCUGACCACAUUGAUGAACGAGCCUCUAGGACGACUCAAAGAUUAUUCAUCACAACUGGAGAAAAUGAUUGAAAGUCAUCUUCAACGAAACGAUAAAAACAUCGAUUGUUAUAAACAUGCUAGUCAACAAUGUUCAAAUAUUGCUGCCGAUUUGAUGCAGGAUUGUCAAACAGCAGAUCUCACUAAGACCUUCUGGGAUAGUUGUUCCACGAAACUAAUGGAUGCUUUGAGAACUCCAGUCCGUCGUCUGAUCCGUGAAUCCCGAACUCACCCCAUUACUCUGGUUAAUUCCGGUCGCUUUUCAUCGCAUUGGUUCAUUAUCUUAACUGACGUGCUUGUCCACGUCAGCGGAUCAUCUAAUCAUGUCACAUAUCCAUUGGCCACUAUUUGGGUCGAGCCGAUGCAAGAUAGCGAUAACAUCCAGACCAAGAAUGGACUUUCAUUAACGAUGCCGGAAGAGACCAUGACGCUGGCUUGUCCAACUGCCGGUGACAAGAUGGAAUGGCUGGUAGCUCUUCAAUCUGCCAUCAGGCAUGCGCUUUUAAUUGACGAUGUAGGAUCCAGCAGUAGCGGACGAACUACGCCACCACUUGUACGGUCCGCCUCAUAUACUUUUACCAAGUUGCCUCAUUUGAAGGAUGUCACGUACAAAGGGGCUUGGUUGUGUGGCAAAAUGCAUGGAGAGGGUGAAUUAAACUGGCCAGACGGCCGGGUUUACAAAGGAAGUUUUCGGCAGAACCAGCAGUACGGAUAUGGUUCUUCAGAAUCAUUUGGCCCCAACGGCUCUACUUAUGAAGGCAGCUGGAAGGAUGGCAAGAUGAACGGAUACGGCAUUCUCAAAUACGCCAACGGAGAUGUUUACGAAGGAAACUUUCAAGACGGCCAACCGCAUGGACACGGUACGCUCAAACGAGGUCAUUUUCUCACCUCUGCCGCACAUGUCUACGUUGGCCAAUGGGAAGCUGGGCAAAAGUGUGGCUACGGAGUCAUGGACGACAUCGUCACUGGUGAAAAGUACAUGGGAAUGUGGCAAGCGGACGCCAGGCAUGGUCAAGCUGUUCUAGUUACUUUGGACGGUCUCUACAUUGAAGGCAGCUUUACCAAUAACAAGAUGACUGGGCAGUGCGUCAUGUUAUUAGAAGACGGAACGAGCUACGAAGGUGAAGUGGCUGGCGUGGGUAUUCUUGGCGGCAAGGGCCUCCUUCAGUUCCCAAACGGUGAUAUUAUUCAGGGUACUUUUCACGGCUCUUGGUCUGAUGGAAUUAAAAUCAACGCCACCUUGACCAAAAAUUCUUUAACUGCACAAUCACCAUUGAGUCCACCUUCCGGACUGUCCAUUGGCCAUUUUCAACAACAAAACGGAUCAGGUGUUCCAGCCGAACGAAAAUGGGGGGCCAUUUUCCAACAAUGCUGCUCAACUCUUGGUCUUUCUCCGAAUUGCACGCAAUGGACAGCCGAUGAUUCACUUCGUGCUUGGGACCAGAUUGCAGCUGUGCUUAAUCAAUGUAAACAGAGAACAACCAACGACCAUCAUAUCCGCCCGAAGAUACAACACCAUCGUCGCCAGGGAUCGUCUAUUUCGUCCAAGUCAAUCAAGUCCGAAAGAUUAGCUUCCGCUCAACCAGUAUCCGUAGAAAUCCCCGAAAUUCUUCAGCAUAUCCCAGACUACGGACGAAAUCAGCUUAAUGGCGACGAGUUUGUCAAGAUAGAAACUUAUUUACAUAUGGCUUUAGAAUCAGAGAUCCAUCCAUUAGGAAAAUUAGCAGCCCAGAUAGGAGAUGUCUAUCGAGCUACUUACGUCGGAGUGGGUGCCCACCCUCGACUUCUACCUCAUGCAGUUUCAGAAGUUCACUCGUUUGUUAGCCGUGUUUAUGCUUUUGUCCGGCUUCUCUUCCCAGCUCUUCCAGAAGACCGUGCUGUUCAUCUGAUUCCAAAUGAACCGUCGAACGAUCAUCCACAAGAAUUGCAGGCCGUGGUUUCAGCCAAUACUCUACUUCUGCCCGUACUUUUACCCCGACUCUAUCCUCCACUUUACACUCUGUACGUUCUACACAACCAAAAGUUGGACGAUCUUUAUUGGGAACGACUUCAAAAAUGGAAUCGACAAUCAGAUUCGGCUCUAAUGAAUUUUCUGGGAGUCGAUCCCAAGUUUUUUAUCGAGGAAGUUGCUCCGGAAGGAAGUCACUUUCCAACAGCUGUAGAUUGUCUACAACAGCUGAGUACUACAUUUUCUCCUGGGAAGAAGCUCCAAGUUAUUCACCAGACAUUCCAAGAAGUCAGUCGUUCGGUACAGGCACAUUUAGGAGCUGAUUAUGUCAUGAACAUGGAUGAUCUCUUCCCGGUAUUUCUUUUCGUCGUUGUUCGUUCGAGAAUUCGUCAUCUCGGCACAGAGAUUCAUCUAAUAGAGGAUUUCAUCGAUAAGAAUGUGCAAAAUGGCGAACUAGAUGUCAUGUUUACUACACUGGAGGCUUCCUACCAGUACAUUCAGCAUGAGAAGAUGACCUUUAAUUGAAAUCAGAAUCAAAUUAUUUUAAGCGUUCGUUGUCAAUCGCAAUAAAUAUAAUUAUCGUGGUAAACAGAAAAUAACAAUUUUAAUUCGAGCGUCACCAACGUUGUAUUUCAGGCAACACAAAGGGUUAACAAAGUGUUUACAGGAAAAGUUUAUUCCCUCUGGGACAACUUUUGGCGAGCCAACUUCUUCUUUGAAACCUUCUUUUUGUUGGUAACUUCCUCCUCCUUGACUUUGGAAACAAUGU